AGUUAAAUGUACAUGUCUGGUGAUUGUAGGGUGAAGGGGUUGCUACGGAAGACGCACCAGGAGACGGCUACAGUGACGCUGCAACACUACCAAGGGAGGGAAUGGUGUUUGCUGUACCUCCUCCUGAGGGUGGAGACCCAGAAAAGAUCCAACUCCAGCAAACUGAAAAUGAGAAGAAUAAGGAUAUUGACGGAGAAAAUGAGGAUAAGAAAACUCCUGAACUUGAUGACCAGGAUAAAGUUAACCUGGAGGAGCCUGUAUCUCCUGGUGGGAAGGGAAAGAAGGGGAAAAAGAGCAAGAAAGACAAAAAGGACAAACAUGACCUUGACGACAAAGACAAACAUGACCUUUCUCCUGGCUGGAAAGACAAAAAGGGCAAAAAGAGCAAGAAAGAUAAACAUGAUGAUAAGAAGAAUGAACAUGACGACAAAGACAAACAGGAUGAUAAGGAUAAGAAUGUUCCUGACGAUAAAGGUAAACAUGACACGGACAAACAUGACCUUGAUGACAAAGACAAACAUGACCUUGGUGACAAAGACAAACAUGACCUUGAUGACAAAGACAAACAUGACCUUGAUGACAAAGACAAACAUGAUGUGGAAGUUGAAGAACCUGUUUCUCCUGGCGGGAAGGGCAAAAAGGGUGGAAAAGACAAAAAAGAUAAGAAAGACAAGGAUAAAGAUAAGAAUAAGGACAAGAAGGGGAGAGGGUUUCUGGGACGAAAACGAAAGGACUCCAAAAAUCGGCACUCGGGCAGUGAGCCUUCGUCACCGACUGGCCCACCUCCCCCUGAAGUCAAUGUAGAACCACCAACACCGGAGGGCAACUUCAACUUGCAGGAAACCAACACUAAAGGAGCUGAGGAUCAGGGAAGUAGUGUAGACCCCGUCCCUAAUGAAUCCCGCAGAGACAGUGACAACAAAAACGAGAAAAAAAAAGAAGUGAAGUUUCUAGAUCAGUGUACUCCAAUUGAGGCAGAGACCACCAAAGUUGUUAAGGAGGAGACCCCCAUGACUUCCCCCACCAUCAUUAUUUCGGCUGCCCCUCCUGAGCCUGAGGAAGAGGAGGAGCAAAUUGUCAUGGAGGUUGUCAAGGAGACUGAAACAGAGGUCAAAAUUGGAGAAGACUUUGAGGUCACUGACCAAGAAGUUGUCAAAGAAACAGAAGUCAAUGUCAGUGAGAUAAAAGAUGAAGCAAAGGUAGAAGUGGAAACACCGGCUGUAGUUGUGGCAAGUGUGAAGAAGUCUGAACAAAUUAUUCCUGAUGAAAAUAUUGAGGAUGAAGUUUUCGAAUCAGAAACAGAACAUACACAGAAGAUUGAGGCAGAUUCAGUAACAAAAGAGGAUACAGUUCCUUCUGAAGAAGCUGUGGUGUCAAAAGAUGCAAUGAUUGUUCAGGUCACAAAUGAUCAGGUCAUUGUGGCAGAGACCAGAGAGGAAGAACAAACUGUGUCUGUGGCUGUACAAGAAUCUCCUGCAAAAGAGGAAGUUGCUAUAUCACCAGAGGUUUGUGUGGAAACUGUUGUUGAGGAUUCCACUGUAGAGGAGCCCAUUGUUAUGGAGAAGAGUUUGAGUGUAGAGGUACAACCUGACCCUAAAGUCACCGAAGUGGUAGAGUCUAUUGUAGAGACAGUGGUACCAGUUGAAUCCCCAUCACACAACACAGAAGAACGUAUGAGGCAGGAAGACACCCCUCCAGUCCAGCAACAAAACCAGGAAGUCGUGAUAACUGCAGAUGAGGAUAUCCAUGAGGUUGUCAAAGGGGAAAUAAUCCUCCCAGUGGUAGUAACUAAUGAAGAGGCAGAGAAUCAGCCCAAGGACCAGGCAGAGGCUGGUCCAAGUAGUGUAGCAGAACACAAAGAGGAAGAGGUCAAAGUUGAUAAGAAUGAGCUCAAGAAGCAGGAAAAGGAAAGAAAACAGAAAGAAAAGGAACGAAUCAAGAAAGAAAAGGAGGAAAAGAAAAAAGAAAAAGAAGAACAGAAAAGACUUGAAAAAGAGAGGAAAAAGAAGGAGAAAGAUGAAAAGGAAGAACAAAAGAGACUUGAAAAAGAAAAGAAGAAGAAAGAGAAGGAAGAAAAGAAAGCAAAAGCUGAUGGGGCCACUACAGAGAAGAAGGAGGAGGAGGGAGAGAAUAAAGAGGAGGAAAAGGAAGAGACAGAGGUGAAGGUCGACCCGGUACAGAUUGAGCUGGCUGCUGCCCUUGAACAGAGGAGGGGCAAGGAGGAGGAGGAGGAAGUGACAGAGGACAAAGAGGAAACAAAGGAACACAUAGGGGACCAAGCUCCAGCAGUAGCUACAACAUCUGAGGUUGUUGCUGAGGAAACAGUUCAGGAAACAAAAGAUGAAAAAGAAGAAGUGGAAAUUGUGACCGAGACGAAAAAGGACAAAAAAGCCAAAAAAGAGAAAAAGAAGAAGAAAGAGAAAAAAGAAAAACCUAAAAAAGAAGACAAAAAGAAGGACAGCACAACUGGUUGUUUUAGCUUUAUUGGAGCUAAUAAGGCAGACAGUGACCAGGAAGAGGUAGAAGAGGCCCCUGCAGAGGAGAUGCCAACAGAACCCUUGGUUACCGUGGAGCAGCAGGAGCCAGAGGAGCCAAAGCCAGAAGAAACAGAUGAGGCCAAAGUUAGUCCACAGCAGAGGGGCGUCGGCCUAGGAUGGGCAUUGCCCGGUUUCGCUGAGAUGAAAGAGAGGCAAGCUGCUGCAGCAGCCAAGCCUAUAGAAAGUGACAAGCCUAGGUCUAUGUCAACCUCAUCAGCAAAAUCCUCAUCAUCUUCGUCGGCUAGCAGUUCAGAGGGGGAACACUUCCCACAUGAGCCACGCGCUCCCCUGGCCGAGUUUUCGGAGGGGUUGAGUACCGAGGGAGGAUUAGACGCAGAAGGCACAGGAGGUGAUACUUCUCUGGGUAACUGGCCGUAUGGGAAGGAGGGCUCCAUUGACCGUCGCAUGCAGUUUAUGCCGGUCACAGCUCCAUCUACUGAAGAGCAAUCCGAAACAAGACAGAAACAAAGCACCGAGGACACAUCUAUGCCAUUUUUUGAUCCUGCAUCAGCAACUAACGACUCAGAAGGGGAAGGAACUCUGGGUAAAAAAGUGCCUCCACCAGUCGCUCCAAAGAGUGCACGCUUGAGCCAGAUGGCUGAGGAAGAAAGACAGAGACAAAAGGAGGAAGAAGAUAGACGAUUACAAUUGGAAGAAGAAAGACUAGCAUCUCUUCCACCCACGGUAGCUACCGAGAGCAGGAAGUAUGACCCAGAAACUGAGGAGACACCUAUAGCAACCACAAAUGUCCCCAUAGUAAAAACAGAAACGCGAACAGUCACUUACGAAAAAGACGGUGUUCCGGUGGCUAUUGAGGACAUCACAUUGAUAAGUUCCCAGUCACAUUCGACACGAACACAGCUUAGUGAAACAACAACAUAUAGAGCAGAGACAAAUGGUAUCGUGGAGACACGAAUGGAAAAGAAAGUUAUAAUCACAGAAGAUGGAGACGAUGACAUUGACCACGACGCACUUCUAGCAGCAGCCAUCCGCUCAGUAACAGACAUGGACCCCAACCUUUCGGUGGAGCGGAUAGAGUACACAAAACAAGUAGACAACCCUAGUGGGGACACUCAGGUUUAACAUUAGUC